GUGCGCCAUCGACGACACGAAUCCAUCGACAACAAACUGAGCCAUGCUAGCUAGCUAGCUAGCAGAGAAAAAUAAUAGCCAUAGCUCAGGAAUCAGAUUAACCAAAUCUACAUUUAAGAGAGUGGUAAAUAGCCAAUUAUAUAUUUAAAAAUUAAUAAACGUUCCAGCGAGACAAUUUCAGAAACAUCUGGAUUAUUUUGAUGGUUGAUUACAGUAUUUGAGUCAAACAACGAGGUUGUAUUAGUCUACAUUUUGGUGGGUCCUGAGAAGUCAAUACUUACUAGAGUGGGUCCAGAAAAUGUUAAAGAAAUGAUAGCAGCACAAGAGUUGCACACAGAGUUUCAGUUUCCUCAAGAGACCGAUACACAGUUAUCCUCUGACACAGACCUUGAGGACCCUGAUGUCAAGAAUGCAAAGCUUGGGAAAGGAAAGGGUGGAAGGAAGGGGAAGAAAACCCCUGGAGAGAAGGGGAAGGGUGGUGGAGCAAAGGGUACUGGCCUUGGCGGGGUGAAUGGCCACCACCAGGAGAAUGGGAUGGAGAGCAUGACCCUGUUCGAGGUGGUGAAGAUGGGGAAGAGUGCCACACAGUCCAUCGUUGAUGACUGGAUUGAGUCUUACAAGAAUGAUCGAGACAUUGCACUCCUGGACUUGAUCAACUUUUUCAUCCAGUGCUCCGGUUGUAAAGGUGCUGUCAGUGCAGAGAUGUUCAGACACAUGCAAAACUCUGAGAUCAUCAGGAAGAUGACAGAGGAAUUUGACGAGGACAGUGGGGACUACCCGUUAACCAUGGCAGGGCCACUGUGGAAGAAGUUCAAGUCGAGCUUCUGUGAGUUUAUCGGGGUGCUGGUGCGGCAGUGUCAGUACAGCAUAAUCUAUGACGAGUACAUGAUGGACACAGUUAUCUCGCUGCUCACGGGCCUGUCUGACUCGCAGGUCCGAGCCUUCAGACACACCAGCACACUGGCAGCCAUGAAAUUGAUGACAGCCUUGGUGAACGUGGCUCUGAACCUGAGCAUCAACAUGGACAACACUCAGAGGCAGUAUGAGGCAGAGAGGAACAAGGUCAUGGCCAAGAGGGCCAAUGAUAGGCUAGAGCUCCUGUUACAGAAGCGUAAAGAGCUUCAAGAAAAUCAAGACGAAAUUGAAAACAUGAUGAAUGCGAUUUUUAAAGGAGUGUUUGUUCACAGAUAUCGCGAUGCCAUAGCUGAGGUCCGGGCAAUCUGCAUUGAGGAGAUUGGGGUAUGGAUGAAGAUGUACAGCGAUGCUUUUCUCAAUGACAGUUAUCUGAAGUAUGUUGGAUGGACCAUGCAUGACAAGCAAGGAGAAGUGCGUCUCAGGUGUCUGACUGCGCUCCAGGGCUUGUACUAUAACCGGGAGCUCAACACUCGACUGGAGCUUUUCACCAGCCGCUUCAAGGACCGCAUUGUGUCGAUGGCUCUGGAUAAGGAGUAUGAUGUUGCAGUGCAAGCCAUAAAACUUCUGACUCUUGUCUUGCAUAGCAGUGAUGAGGUCCUGACAGCAGAGGACUGUGAGAGUGUCUACCAUCUGGUCUACUCUGCCCAUCGACCUGUGGCUGUGGCUGCAGGAGAAUUCCUCUAUAAGAAGCUCUUCAGCCAUCGAGGUCCAGAGGAGGAAGGGAUGCCCAGGAGGGGCAGGCAGAGCCUCAAUGGGAACCUCAUCAAGACCACCGUCUUCUUCUUCCUGGAGAGUGAGCUCCAUGAGCACGGGGCCUACCUGGUGGACAGCCUGUGGGAGUGUGCAGGGGAGCUGCUCAAAGACUGGGAGAGCAUGAUCAGCCUGCUGCUGGAUGAGCCCAUGCCAGGGGAGGAAGCCCUGACAGACCACCAGGAGACUGCCCUGAUCGAGAUCAUGCUGUGUGCCAUCCGCCAGGCCUGUGAGUGCCACCCUCCAGUGGGCAGAGGCACUGGGAAGAGGGUCCUGACAGCGAAAGAAAAGAAAACCCAGCUGGAUGACCGGACGAGAAUCACGGAGAUCUUUGCUGUGGCGUUGCCUCUGUUGUUGGCCAAGUACUCCGUUGAUGCUGAGAAGGUGACCAACUUACUGCAGCUACCGCAGUUCUUUGACCUGGAAAUCUACACCACUGGUCGAUUGGAAAAGCACUUGGAGUCAUUGCUGCGUCAGAUCAGGGAGGUGGUGGAGAAGCACAUAGAGACUGACGUGCUGGAGGCGUGCUCCAUGACCUACCACGCUCUCUGCAACGAGGAGUUCACCAUCUUCAACAGGGUGGACAUCGCCAGGUCCCAGCUACUGGACGAGUUGGUGGACAAGUUCAACAGACUCCUGGAGGACUUCCUGCUGGAGGGUGAGGAACCAGAUGAGGAUGAUGCCUACCAGGUCCUGUCCACACUAAAGAGGAUCACUGCGUUCCACAAUGCACAUGACCUCUCUAAAUGGGACCUGUUCACCAGCAACUAUAAGCUACUAAACACAGGACUUCAGAAUGGAGAUAUGCCUGAGCAGAUUGUAAUUCAUGCGAUGCAGUGCACACACUACAUCAUUCUGUGGCACCUAGCCAAGGUCUCAGAGGGCAGCUCCACAAAGGGGAACAUGGUCACCCUGAGGAAGCAGAUGAGGGCCUUCUGUCUGAUGUGUCAACGCUACCUCACCAGUGUCAACACCACUGUCAAAGAGCAGGCCUUCACCAUCCUGUGUGACGCCCUGAUGAUCUUCAGCCACCAGAUCGUGUCGUCGGGCCGGGAGCAGCUGGAGGCUCUGAUCUACACGCCAGACUCCCCCCUACAGGCCGAGCUGCUCAACUUCAUCCUGGACCACGUCUUUAUCGACCAGGACGAUGACAACAACAGCACAGAUGGGCAGCAAGAUGAUGAAGCCAGUAAAAUCGAGGCUUUACACAAGAGACGUAACCUGCUGGCAGCGUACUGCAAACUGAUAAUUUACAAUGUAGUGGAGAUGAACACUGGAGCUGAUAUCUUCAAGCAGUACAUGAGGUACUACAAUGACUAUGGAGAUAUCAUCAAGGAAACGAUGAGUAAAACAAGACAAAUUGACAAGAUCCAGUGUGCCAAGACCCUUAUUCUGAGUUUGCAGCAGCUUUUCAAUGAGAUGUUAUCUGACCUCGGCUGCAACUUUGACCGCUCGUCGUCGUCCUUCUGCGGCAUUAAAGAACUGGCCCGACGUUUCUCGUUGACCUUUGGCCUGGAUCAGCUGAAGACCAGAGAGGCUAUCGCCAUGUUACACAAGGAUGGAAUCGAGUUUGCCUUCAAGGAGCCCAGUCCCCAGGGAGAGGGAAACCCUCCUCUCAACCUUGCCUUCCUGGACAUUCUCAGCGAGUUUUCCUCCAAACUUCUCCGUCAGGACAAGAAGACUGUUCACCUCUACCUGGAGCGGUUCAUGACCUUCCAGAUGGCCCUGCAGCGAGAGGACUGCUGGCUGCCCCUCAUCUCCUACAGGAACUCCCUGCAGGCCGGAGGGGACGACGACACCAUGUCUGUCAUCAGCGGCUACAGCAGCCGAAGUUCCAGCAUCAGGACCAAGAAGGCCAAGCCAGCCAGCACCGGAAAGAGGAAACUGCCUGAAGCAGAGGAGAGUAGCAGCUGCAGCACAGACGCAGUGUGGAUGAACCAGGAGCAGAACGUGCAGACGCCAGUGAUGACGCCCUCGCCACAUCUAACCUCCACUGUGCUGAGGGACCCCAAGAAAAUGAGGCCAGAGGAGAGCUACAUGGGUGUCUAUGCUAUGACAUCAGAGCAGCAGCACCAACAGCUGCCCCCCCAACAGCACCACCAUCAGACCCCCAUGGACUACAAUACCCAGGUGACCUGGAUGCUAGCCCAGAGACAGCAGGCAGAGGCCCGGCAGCAGCAGGAGCGAGCCAGCAUGCAGUAUGCGAAGAUGAGGAGCCACAUGCAGAAUGCAAUCCGCCGCGGUUCAGGACUCAUGGAGGAUGAUGAGGAGCCAAUAGUAGAGGAUGUAAUGAUGUCAUCAGAGGACCGUUUGGAAGAUCUCAACGAGGGCAUGGAUUUCGACACUAUGGAUAUUGAUCUGCCACCAUCUAAAAAUCGCAGAGAGAGAUCAGAGCUGAAGCCAGACUACUUUGAUCCUUCUUCAAUCAUGGAUGAUUCGGUCCUCAAUGUUUCAAUGUUCUAAGCUGAUUAUGGUAGAUCUGCGUGAAGAGGACACUGUGUUGUUACCGAAAAUGUUUUGAUAACAAGAAGUAUUCUCUGUAGAGAAUUGUUUUAAAAGAAGCUCAUGGGACUAUUUGCUUAUCAAUGGUUGCACAUUCGUCAUCAUGUUUGAAGUUCACUUUUAUUUUGUCGAUCAAUGGGCAUGUUUUUGUCUCAUGUAAAUACAUAGUUGCUGACAUACUUUUAAAAUAUAAAAUCUGGCAUGACAUGUAGCCAUAUAUUAAAACAUAUACAGUAGGAGAAAAUGUGAAACGUCUUCAUAUUGUUGGAAGGCCUUACCGCAAAUAUGAAAUACAGGGUUCUCAGAAUUCUCUCUGUCAUUAUUUUUAGAGGUUUGUCUGUCCUGCUUUUAUAACUUAUAGAAUACUUUGAUUUAUAGGUAUUUUGUAAUGACAAUCAGAUGUAAAUCAGUACUUUAUAAUAAUGUUAAUACUCAUAUAGAGUACAGAAAUGAAUCUUUGUAAUGGAAUUUCUGGUGUGUAAUAAUGGAUGUGGCCUGCAGUUUUUCUUUUUUCCAAUGUUAUAGGUGAGACCUCUUGGUGAACUGAUAAUGCCCAAAUGCCAUUUGACCCAUUGACAAGCUUAGUUUAAAUUCUGAAUCACUUUUAAAGGUUUGAUGAUUUUGAAUGCUGUGUGGCUUUUGAAGAGUGGUACAAAAGUAUAGUGUGCAGAGGGUUUGUAUAAAAGAGUGGUCAAAAUAUUCUCUGUUGUACCACUGUGUUGUGUCUGUAAGAGAGCUUGUUAUAGAAUGUUUCUAAAAUACCACAUUUAAGAGUUUGGGUUAGCUAUUAUGGUAUCAUAAUAUAUAAUUAUAUAUUAUACAAUUAUAAAAAUGUGUAAUAUAUUGUGAAUCGGUGCUCAUUUUAUAUUUGCUCAGUUUUAGUUAAUUUGAAGUCUAAUUUAGGAAAAGGUUCAAUAGAAUGUAAACUGGUUUAAAUUAACCUCCUAACUAAUGUGCAGUUAUGCAUAAGAAUUUACCUUUGAAUUUGUAUUUAUAUUUAAAUGGUAAAUGUUUUGUUUGUCUUUUCUAAGGAUUUUUGUUUUAAUAACUUUUCUUUACCUCUAUGUACUUUGGUUUGCAGAUUCCCAACAAGCUUUUCUGGAGGAAUAAAAUUGUAAUCAUGAAUAUUGUAAAUUAUAGUUUUAUACAGCCACAACAGCUUAAAACACAGCCUCUCCAUUUUCAAAAGCUAAAAUAUUAUAUCUAAAUACAAAACUACAAACCGGAGAAUUGUAUAUUUUUCAUUAUUUACAUUGUAGCAAUGUUAGACAAAUUAAAAAAAUUAUUUGAAUGCA